AAUAGAGGGCCUUGAGAAUGGGGGGGCCAGAUGGCAGCAAGUACUCCAGCUGUGCGGAGCUUGCACCUGGCACGUGUAGACUAGCUUUUUGUAGGCGUCUCGGAGCGCCGGGGUGGAGGAGUGAAGUGUCGGAGGGCUCCUAUUGGCGGGCGGGCCCAGCUCCGGGAGACGAACCAGAGCGGUGGAGCGACCAGGCUUCUAAUAGCUGUCCCCACCAUUUCAAAUGCCCAUCAACUCUAGGAGCAAAUCCACGGCGGGAGCAUCGAGGAAGUGGCAAAGUAUCUUGGAGACGGCUAUUAGUUGCCGCAGCCGAGAUAACGCAGUGCGAUCUAUGGAAAGGAACACACCACCACGAUUGCGAUGCACUCGAUGCACAUCCCCGCCCUUGACCGACUGGCAACUCCUGUGCCUCCUGCGCGUCCUCGAUCUACCUUUUCCACACUCGACCUCACCGAGGGCAAGCUCUCGGAGACAAUCCAGAUACCCCUUACGACGACCCGCUCAUAGAACUCACGAUCCGUCGAGAUGCGUAUCGUGCUGCCGGCAAUUCUGCUGCGUACGGCACAAAGUCGACUCCAUGUCCACAAGAGACGACUUUGGACCAGACGGUCUUGGACGAGAUGACUUUGGACGAGACGACUUUGGACGCGGCGAACUGGUUCCAAACCGGGAUAGUGGUUGUGAUACCCCGGAGACCAAGCAGUUGCCACUCUCCUUCUACGGCCUUCCAACGGCAACCACGUCAACUGGACAGGUGCCCAGAUUGAACACGAUAGAUUCCUACCAUUCGGCCCUCGAAUAACCUCUGUCGAUGGCGCGCCAAAGAGCCACUCGACCCCCUUAUACAGUACAAGUGUCCCUCUCCCUGUCCCCCUGAGUACGCAAACCCUCCUAUUGGGGAGUUCGAGCGGUUUGGGGUUUUAUAUGAGCCGUCCGGAACAGUAGGUACGACGACUUAUAUGGCAGGGUGGCAUUU